UUCAAACUGGCACUCACACACACACAGAGACCAACACCACGCUCCCAUUGAAGACCAGUGGACACAUCCUGACCUACUGGAAGUGUUGUUGUUGUAGUGCUGCAGACUGAGACUGUGCAGACCGACGGACAUGUUAACAAAGACCCGCCUCGGGAAGCGUUCUCCAUUUGGGGAGUCGGUGAGCGCCACCUGCAGGACGGCAGGAGACCACACUCACCUGCAGACCGGUGAGAACAUGGCAACAGCAGCAGGACCACAGGCCGUGAGCCGAGUCCGACGUCAUCCCGGACUGAAGGUGUAUUUUCAGUGCGGAGGAGGUGAGUCUCCAGGUCGGGUGGAUCAGCUUGACCUGAUGAAGAGUGAAGACUCUGAGUCUCAUCCCUCCUCCUCCUCCUCAGUGCCUCCGUCCAGCAGCAGAUGUGUCUCCUCCUGCAUCGAUGUCCCCAGGAGCCAGAGGAGUCCACAGGACGUGGACAUGGACGAGCUGAUGGCGGCGCUGGUUCUCAGCAGUUUGUCCUGCAGCCCGUUGCUGCACAGCCCGGCCAAGCCAGAGCCGCCAGCUCCUCCGAUGGAGUGCGGGGGGGGCGAGCUCUCUGACAGCAGCAGCGGCUACUGGAGCGUCGGCCACGCCAUCGGAAGCCCGGCGCCCUCUCCACCAAUCACAGAGCCCGACGCCAGCCCGGCCCGGCCCCCGGACGAGGGGCUGGAGAUGGACCUGGAGCCGUUUGACGAGCCGGCGCCGCGGAGACGCAGGAACUCUGUGAAGGUGGCGUACAGGUGUCUGUGGCCCGCCUGCGGGAAGGUGCUGACCACUGUGGUGGGAAUCAAACGUCACAUCAGGACAACGCACCUGUGCCGCGGCAGCGAACACGAGCGCUGUUCUCGCAGCGAGGAGGAUUUCUACUACACCGAGGUCAACCCGCGGCAGUCUCCUCCCCAACCUAUCCCCGUUGGCCCCGCCCCCUCCUCACCGACCAUCUCACCUGCCCCCCCCUCCCCACCCCCCAGCACUGCCCCUCCAUCUCCCCCCUCCCUGACCGACGACACUCUGAGUCGCUCCGCCCCUUCCUCCUCCGGCCACAUCUGGCAGGUCCACUCAGAGCACUCCUACCAGGCUCAUGUGGUUUCAGAGGCAGCGUCCAACGUGACGUCCUGUCGUUGGACAGCUCCGCCCUCCACCUGCCACAGCAGACAGGGUUUGGCGUUUCGGGUGCGUUCGGUCAGCGUAGGAGAGCAGUGGCUGCAGCACCAGAGCGCCCCCUGCAGGAGGAUUCGUGGUGAAGCCAAGAAGUGUCGUAAAGUUUACGGCAUCGAACACAGAGAUCAGUGGUGCACCGCCUGUCGCUGGAAGAAAGCCUGCCAACGCUUCCUGGACUGAACCGAGGAGGAGAAGUGGGACUCCUACUUUCUUACAUCUGAAUCCAGAUUCUUUUUAUACUCUUUCUACGUUUGCUAAAAGUGUCUUUCUAUUCUUGAAUGUGUAGUUUGUAGCUGAACCCGUUUCCUGUUUUAAUGAAAAGAUUUGAGGCAGCUAUGAGGUGACCUUUGACCUUCAAGGCAGCUGAGCGUGUUUUUGCAUCCGGUCGACUCUCCUCAGGUUUUCUGGGGGUAAAAACUGCUUCUUUGUCAGAAUCAGAGAAAUAAAUAAUAAUAACAAUAAAUAUGUAAAUGAAGAUAGAGCCAAAAUAUCCCAGAUUCCAACACUGGCAUCUUGUGGCGAUGACGUAAUUUGAGUCAGAGUCUGUGGUGAUUGGGGGAUGGAGUCCACGGUCAUGAGGUCCCGCGCACUCGACCUAUUGAGAGUCAGUCUCACCUGAUAGACCAUAUCCAGCCACCAGGGGGCAGGCUGCAGUGACUGGGAUUCACUUUUGGGAGCCAUGUCAUGUCUUCCAUUUUUAUUAUCAGUGUUUGUAUCAGUGUAAACGCUUGGACCUGAUUGGUUGAGACAUUGGUGUGUUUAAUGAGCUGGUGGGUUAUCUGCAUUAGCCCCUGAGCUAACUGACUGGGAGCAGGUUAACUGACAGUGAGCUGGUUGACUCUGAGGUUUUUAUCCCUACGAACAAACGAUGUUGACGCUCACAACCUCUUGCUGAUUGGAUCUUUUCUGUCAUGAUGUAGCCUUCGCUGAUUGGUCGGGCUCCUGUCACAUGACACAACACUAGAAUCAAGUGUUACUGACCCAGUUGGCUUCGCUAGCAGCUGUUGUGCAGUUCAGUUCUGUAUUUUUCAAUGACACUACUUCGUACAUGUGGAGGAAGCCAGAUGUUAUAACAAAUUUUGAUAACUCUCGAUUGACAAACAAAUAAUUCCUGUUUUACCGACUCGUGCACAACUAGUGUACGUGAGUUUUCGGGCUUGUGAGACGAGGAUUAAAAUUGUUGCGGAGCCAAGACACUCGUGUGGACAGGGACUGGUUUAGUCUGAAAAUGUCCUCAUACGGAUGUGUCCUAACUUGUCCCCAUGUCCUGAUUGACCUGGGCCCCAACAGGUCCCAGGUCCUAACACGAUUACUUCUAUUUUAUUUUUUUUAAACCAAAAUGGUGCUGGACAAAAUGCCAAACUAAAGUCUUCACACGGCAGCUCACAAACCAAAUGGUGAUGUCACAGCAGGACGAGGCUCAACUGCUCGUGUGCGUUGUUGGAAUCGCAAUAAUUCGCUUUCAUUCUGAAGCCGUCAAACAUUUCAUCAAAUUGGUUUGGUCUCGUUAACGUCACUGUAAAUAUCCUGGUUUCAUUUCUCUUCAGCUCUUUGUUUGAAGGCAGAAGCCACGUCCACUCCUAUGAUGCAGCCUCAUUCAGUAUUGAUCCACACGUUUCAUAACAAGUAAUAACACACAUAUAUAUUCCUACGUAUCUUCUUUAUCCUGGUGUGUAUACAGAUAUAUAUACUGGGUCCAUAUAGACAAUAAUGAAUAUUCUUUAAGUCUUUAGAAGGCGUCAUUAAUGCAGAACCAGGUUCAUAUGCAGUUAAUGAGAAAAGUUGUAUUUAUCUUCUACAUGUUGGUGCUUUAUGUAAAUGUUGAUCAUUGUAAUCGUUUUUAAAGAUGCACUCUUUUAUACAUGUGAAAUCCUGAUGUUCUUAUAAUAAACUGAACAUAUUGAAAAACUUUCA